CUGGGUCAUUCAACCCGCCGCCAGCCCCGCGGCCGCGCUGCAGAGAGCCGGGCGAGCACCAGUCUCCUGCUCCGGAGCCGGCGGGGGUUCGGGGACGCCCGAGCUUGAGAGGUUCGGUAGAGGAAGGACCGCGCGAGGUUGACUACUGUGCUUCACAGACUUUGAAUGAAUAGGUGUCUGGUAUCAUUGCCUACUGAGAACGUCUUCUUUUGAGAGGCAGUGGCCACCUCGGAGCCCGAUGCGUGGAGCAGGGAUGGAAACCAGGCUGGUGUUUUGGACGCUCUGGAGUGGGGGCCUGCGGACACAGGUGUCCACGUAGGUCUGAGCCACGCUGCCCUGGGCUCCCAGAACAUGACCACGACCCAGAACGGCCAUGGGCCAGCUACUGCAGCAGCCUGUUCGAGCUCCGACCUGAAGGAUCCCAAGAUGGUGACCUCAGCGGCGUACCGGAAUGGAGGUUACAGAAGCGACCCCGAAGCUCCGGAGCCCCGGCUCAGCCCCUCCAAGCUCGUGCGCCUCUUCUCCGUGAGCCGCAAGCGGGCCGGGGCUGGGACUGGGGCGGGCGCGGACACCGAGAGGCCGCGCCCCGUGGUGCUCGCGGGGAACUCCUCCACGUGGAACGCCCUGGCCUCCUUCCGCAAGAUGGGCUCUUUCAAAAAGCUCAAGUCCUCCAUCCUUCAAGGCAUUCAGAGCCGAGAGGCGUCCGAGGCCUCCAAGGAGGGCGCGUGGGACGGCGCCCUGGGCACUGCCCUGCCCAACGGCGCGGCGGCUGCAGACCCCGACGCCCCGCGGGCCGCAGACAGCGCCUCCGAGGGCUCGGACCCCGACGACGACGCCUUCCAGCGGAGCACGCACCGCUCCCGCAGCAUCCGCAGGGCCUACGGCCUGGGCCGCAUCAGCCUGCUGGACCCCGACAGGCGCCUGGCACCGCCGCCGCCGCCGAGCCCCGCCGUGCCGCCGGCCGCCGCCCCGCAGGCGCCCGCGCCGGGCCGCCGGAGCCGCAGCAGCGACAGCCUGGGCCUGCGGAGCAGGGGCUCCUUCAAGCGCAAGUCCACCUCCAACCUGGCCGAGCUGCGCGCCGCCUGCGAGAGGCCGGGGCCGGCGCCGCGGCGCACGCUGAGCAGCUCCUCGGCCGACUCGGAGCGGCUGGGCGGCGCGGAGCCGAGGGCGCGGCGCUGGAGGAGCCCGCUGCGGGCCAAGGACCUCGACCGGGUGUGGAAGCUGCUGAGCAACGUGGCGGACGCGGCCUGGAGGCGCGAGGGCCCCAAGGCCGGCGCGGGCCCCGGCGAGGCAGCGCCCUCGGGCGGCGAGGCGGGCCCGCGGCUCGGGCAGCGCAGCCAGCUGCACGACGACUACUCCCGCCGCGCGUCCAGCAGCUGCGAGCCCGACCGCAGGCGCCCGGGGCGCGGCGUGGACGCCGACACCGCCGUGUACCCCCUGGAGGCCGUGGAGCCCUGGGCCGGCGGCCGGUGGAGCUCUGGUUCCGGGGCGCCCCCCACCCCGCCCAGGCCCACCACGCCCAAGCCGCAGAGCCCGCAGAGCCCGGGGACGAUGGGCGGCGGGUGUCCGGGCAGCCUCAGCGCGCUGUCCCUGGCCUCGGUGGAAAGCGGCGGAAGGGAGCCGGGGCCCGGGUCGCUGCAGGACUCGGGGCAGAGCACGCGCGCGGAGGACAGCAGCGACGAAGGCAGCCACCCUCAGCCGGGCCCCAGCGGGGCGGCCAGCCCGGAGGAGGAGGAGAUCGAGGACCAGGAGGAGGAGGAGGUUGUGACUGGUGAACCCUGGAGGCCGGGCUCAUCCCAGGAAGAGGAGAGGACUGAUGCAGCCAGAAUCUCCAGGAGGAAAUGGAGCUCAGGGAGGAGGAUCAGACCACGGCCGCUGUCCGACUACAGCCAGCUGGCCAGCCGAAGCUCGUCCAUUCCUGAAGACACUGUCGCUGCGCAUCCGCAGAGCGAGGACUACAUGGAUGGGCCACCUCCAGCACACGUGGCCUCCAUCGGGCCUGCAGACCAGGCCUCAGCAGGCUGCCCUCGAGGAGGCCGGAAAAGACGCCCCAUUUCUGUGAUCGGAGGGGUCAGCUUGUAUGGCAGCACCCAGGCAGAGGAGAUGGCGAGCCUUCUGACCCAACCCAAAGCCAGGCCUCCUCUGCCCUCGCACCAAGUGCCACCCUACAAGGCCGUGUCGGCCCGGCUGCAGCCCUUCAGCUUCUCCCGGAGCACCCCCAUCGGGCUGGACCGUGUGGGCCGGCGGCGGCAGAUGCGAGCGUCCAAUGUUUCUUCAGACGGAGGCACCGAGUCCUCUGCCUUAGUGGAUGACAAUGGCAGCGAGGAGGACUUCAGCUAUGAGGAGCUCUGCCAGGCCAACCCUCGGUACCUACAGCCAGGAGGGGAGCAGCUGGCCAUCAACGAGCUGAUCGGCGAUGGCAGCGUGGUCUGUGCAGAGGCCCUGUGGGACCAUGUGACCAUGGAUGACCAGGAGCUGGGCUUCAAGGCUGGCGACGUCAUCCAGGUCCUGGAUGCUUCCAACAAGGACUGGUGGUGGGGCCGGAAUGAGGACAAGGAAGCCUGGUUCCCCGCGAGCUUCGUCAGGCUUCGUGUCAACCAGGAAGAGCCGCCAGAGAGUUCCAGUAGCGGCCACGGUGAGGAGCAGGAGGGCGGCGUGGACCCUAGCCCCCACAAGCACGCAGAGAGCAAGCAGCAGAUGCGGACCAACGUCAUCCAGGAGAUCAUGAGCAGCGAGCGGGUAUACAUCAAGCACCUCAAAGACAUCUGCGAGGGCUACGUUCGACAGUGCCGCAAGCACACGGGGAUGUUCACGGUUGCACAAUUAGCCACUAUUUUUGGCAACAUUGAAGAUAUUUACAGAUUCCAAAGACAGUUCCUGAAAGAUCUUGAGAAAAAGUACAACAAAGAGGAACCUCACCUCAGUGAAAUAGGGUCCUGCUUUCUGCAGCACCAAGAGGGCUUUGCCAUCUAUUCUGAGUACUGCAACAACCACCCCGGCGCCUGCGUGGAGCUCUCCAACCUCAUGAAGCAGGGCAAGUACCGGCACUUCUUUGAGGCCUGCCGCCUGCUGCAGCAGAUGAUCGACAUCGCCCUGGACGGCUUCCUCCUCACCCCCGUGCAGAAGAUCUGCAAGUACCCCCUGCAGCUGGCGGAGCUGCUCAAGUACACGACGACGGAGCACAGGGAUUACGGUGACAUCAAGGCAGCCUACGAGGCCAUGAAGAAGGUGGCCUGUCUGAUCAACGAGCGCAAACGCAAGCUGGAGAGCGUCAACAAGAUUGCGCAGUGGCAGGUGUCCAUCGUGGGCUGGGAGGGCCACAACAUUCUCGACCGGAGCUCAGAGCUGAUCCACUCUGGAGAACUGACCUGUUUCACCAAGCAAGGCAAGAGCCAGCAGAGAAUGUUCUUCCUGUUUGACCACCAGCUGGUGUCCUGCAAGAAAGACCUGCUGCGCCGGGACAUGCUGUAUUACAAAGGCCGCGUGGACAUGGACCAGAUGGAUAUCGUGAACGUGGAGGACGGGAGGGACAAGGACUGGAACCUCAGCGUGAGAAAUGCCUUCAAGCUGCUCAGCAGGACCACAGACGAGGUGCACCUGUUCUGUGCCCGGAAGCAGGAAGACAAGGCCAGGUGGCUGCAGGCCUGCGCCGAUGAGAGGCGGCAGGUGCAAGAGGACCGGGAGAUGGGAAUGGAAAUCUCAGAAAACCAAAAGAAGCUUGCCAUGUUAAAUGCUCAGAAGGCCAGGCAGGGAAAGGCCAAAGGCUACGGCAGCCGCCCUGCGGCCCCGCUGCCCCAGAGCCUGCACCCCCUGCACCAGCGCCACGUCACUGUGCCCCCCAGCGUGCCCCAGCAGCAGGUCUUCGCCCUGGCCGAGCCCAAGCAGAAGCCGUCACUCUUCUGGCACACCUUCCACAAGCUGACACCCUUCCGGAAGUAGCAGCCAGGCUGGCGGGAGGGAGGGCGCCACCCCGUCUCCUGGGUGUGCGGUGCCACCUGGGGCGAGAACUCCUUUACGGGUGUCAGUGCAGGAGAGGAGGUGCCCCAGUCCUCUGAAGCAUCAAGACGCGCAGCUCCACCUUUCCCAGAGGGGUACCCAUGGCCACCUGGGAGCCAUGUCACCUGGGCAGGGAGCCUCGAGGCGACAAUGGACAAGCCAGCGCCCUCCUGCCACAGUUCCAGCCGCUUCCGUGUGGGAUCUCGGAGGACCGACCCCCGGGCUCAGCGUGCCCGCCUCUCCUGGCCACCCCAGAGCACACGCUUGCGCUGUGGCACUUCGGACUGUGCCACAGUGCCCUGGGUGCCAUCCAAGUGCACACGGUGGCCGAACGACAGCGUGGGCUUCCUCUUAGGAGAUUCCGCUUCCCAGGCUGGAAACAGAGCUACCUGCCCUCGACAGCUGGCCGCAUCAGGGCUCUGCGGGCGGAGGCUGCCGUCUGGGUCAGGCACUGCCGCUUGCCAGGCUUCGACCAUGUCCCCACCGACGGAAGUUCAAAGACAGACUUCUAAGCGAAACUCCAGGGUGGAGCAAGCAAACCUGGGGUUUGCAGCCACCUGUGUCACAGAAGCCCGAGAGGGCCGCAUGGGACAGCACUGGCCUGGCACGCGGCAGGUUCCUGCAGAGCCCUGCGACAACGCCGAGGCCUGGAGAGGGGGCUACAACGGCAGGAAGCCACUCAAGCCAGUACCCGCGGACAGUAAUCUUCUCUGUGUCCACACUGUAAAGUUUGAUGCAAAUACCUUUUAACCGUAUCUGGAAGAGAGAGACCUUGUGUUCUGUUCUACCCAGUGACUGGCUGUGUGUCACGGUGGCACACACUUGUGGACUGUUGGGACGAGUUCGUGUUUGUGUGCUAGUCUUGCAAAAUGAGUUUUAUUUUGCUGUGUUGUCUUUUCUGAAUCCUUGGCCCGUGCUUGAGAAUAAACAAGUGUAACAGUGUCAAGAGACAAAGGUGUUAGCUCCACAAUGUGGUUCCUGGGGUCUCCAUCUGCCUCCUCCUGGCUGACGGAGAUGACAGCGUGCAUCAUCCUGGGUCCCUCCUUAGGGCAUCGUGUGGCCAUUCAGGACCACUGUGCCUCACAGCCUUGUUUCUGACAGGGAGCAUGGCCCUGGGGCCAGCAGCCCCGGGGCAGCCCCUCUGGACUUCCCCACUACAGGUCCCAAGACAGUAGUGGUGCGGUGGCUUCCUGUACAGAAGCAGGCAUGUGUGUGUGUGUGUGUGUGUGUGUGUGUGUGUGUGUGUGAGAGAGAGUCGGUUGCAUUUACAUAACUGACACUUUUACUAACAAAAUGUAAUGAUAUAUUUUGGAAACUACUUAACAUGCUUUUCAUUGCUAAGUAGAUAUGUUCCUUUGUACAGUAAUUUUGAACAGUUUUUUUAAUGUAAUAUAGAAAAUGCUUUAAAGAAGUAAAGAGAAUUACUUGUUUAUGUUACAUUUUCAGUGAGUAUUGAACUCCAGCAGAGGCAGUCACAGAGCUUCCAUUUGCUAAUAUUUACUAAUGGACAGUGAAGAAAUGCUUUAAGCUUUGUGACCAGACCUAGUGUACUUUUCAGCUGAGCCCUUACUUCUGGUUCCCACCUACCUCCGUGGACUUCCGAACAGAAUCAAACACAAAAACAUAUUUUUAUUAAGCUCAGUUCAAGACCCAGAGUUGCUCCGGUCAGAUUUAUACAGUAUGAGAAGCAGUCGAUCAAAUAUCUGUCCUGGGUAGAUCCUACUUAGGUUGUCAAGUACUUUUGAAUAAUGCUGAUAUAUUUUUUAAAGGGUAGAACACACUUUACUUCUAGAAAGUCGGUGUAUCUGGCUUGGGUUCCAGGUGCCAGACUUCUGCAGAGAUUGAAGUCCUGAAGUAUUUUCAUUUUCAGUUUGCCAAAGUUCCUAGUCAACUUAAGUCGCAUCUUCCACCUGGAUUGUGUGUGAAUGUCUUGGGGAAUUGCCACCCUCCCCUCCCCUGGGUCCCUUUGUUCUUUAAGUUUCAGAUUUUGUCAGCUCUGUUAAGACAGCUGAAAUGGUCUUGGGCCAAAAGCAGCCAUGUCAAUUUUGAUCAUAACCUAAAACAUACAUUAACUUCAUAGUAGGUUAUAAGGAAUUGUAAAGAAUAUUUGGAAAAUCCGAAGAAGUAACAUUCUGUGUCCUUGGCCACUAGAAAGAAAAUGGCCAGCAGUCUGCCCGAGCCUUCAUGGGAUACUAGCGACGGGCUUGUUUUCCUUAGUCUGAUUCUUGUUCCUGCUGGCACAUCUGACUCUGUAGCUGAAAACAGGCCCCACCAUCAAAAGCCAUUUGUAAAUACCGUGCCUUUUAUACCUAAUCCAGUUGAAGGUUUGACCCACAUUGCACUUUGCUGUUGCCUUUACACAAAGCAAAGUUACACUGAAUUCAAAAUUCAAUUCACAAUAGGAAUCAUCUGUAAGAAGGUGCCAGGUGAUCCAGCAACUUGCCAGGUAGAAAUCCCCGGGUGCCUCCGUUACUGACAUUCCUCAGUGUUUCCUUGACAGAAUAAAGCUUCCUGAUUGCCCAGAGCUGACAGGAGGAUCUGCUUAUUAUUCCAUAGGAGAGGAGAGGAGAGAAGUGUCCCUCAGCAGGUGGUGCCAGCACAUAUGCAGAAAGGUCUUUCUGGUGGUUUGCACGCUGGACUCGCUUCUGGGUUAAGCAAGCAAAGUCUCCCGUGUGAGAGGCUUAACCUACAAACAGCUCUCUGUUAAAAUGCUCUCGGCUAAUGCUGUUUGUUUUCGGGAUGCAAUGAACUUGGAGUUCAAAAGACUUAAGGAAGAAAUAAGUGGGAACUUUCUUCUAACUGGUCUUGGAGGGGGAAGAAAUGCUUCCAUAUUUUACACGAACUUAUUCAGCUCCAGCAUCCGUUUCAUUGCUACUUUUAGUCAGGGCAUAGGCAUUAACAUUUGUAUUUAGGAAAUACUUUGAAUGAUUCUGUAAUAAUUUGGGGGGUACAUAUUAGCACCUUAUGCGAUUUCUUGUCUACCACGCAGAGUUUUUGGUAACCUUUUCCCUUAUCCCCAUACAGAUGAUGUCAUCUGUGUAAGUCAGGUGACACUUGUGAACUAGUGACGUGGCUUUGUCAGCUGAAGUCUGAUCCAUAAGACUGCUGUAACUUCAUGUGUAUUUUUGUUGAAUGCUUUUUUUGUAAAAAAGAAAAAAAUUAUUUACAAUGUUAUUUGAGUGAUUUCUUGUAAAUGCUGAGUCUAUAUUUGUUUUGUAUAUUAAAGUUAAUUUGCAAUAAA